CAGAAUCCCGACACUGAAACCUCAACAUAAAUCAAACACUUCCCUGGGCAGGGAAUGUCUGUGUCAGGCAAGAAUUAGAGACGAGCGGUCAGCAGAGCCUCGGUGCCCGGUGCCGAUCCAUCCGUCAAGCCUGGGAGCCUGGGAGCAGGAAGAUGUCGAAUGAACUUGAUUUCAGAUCCGUACGGCUGCUAAAGAACGACCCAGUUAACUUCCAGAAAUUCCCCUACACUAACGAGGAUGAGGCCUGGAAGACCUACCUUGAAAAUCCCUUGACGGCGGCCACGAAAGCCAUGAUGAGAGUCAAUGGAGACGAUGAGAGCGUUGCGGCCCUGAGCUUCCUCUACGAUUACUACAUGGGCCCCAAGGAGAAGCGGCUACUGUCCUCCAGCACUGGGGGCCGGAACGACCAAGGAAAGAGGUACUACCAUGGCAUGGAAUAUGAGAUGGACCUCACUCCCCUUGAAAGUCCCACGCACCUCAUGAAAUUCCUGACAGAGAAUGUGUCUGGAACCCCAGAGUACCCAGAUGUACUCAAGAAGAAUAACCUAAUGAGCUUGGAGGGGGCUGCACCCACACCGGGCAAGGCAGCUCUCCUCACCCCAGGCCCCAGCAAGCUGGAAGCUGGCUCUGUGGACGGCUACCUGCUGCCCACCAGUGAUGUGUAUGAUAAUGGCUCCCUCAGCUCCUUGUUUGAGAGCAUUCAUGGGGUGCCUCCCACACAGCGCUGGCAGCCUGACAGCACCUUCAAAGAUGACCCACAGGAGUCGCUGCUCUUCCCAGAUAUCCUGAAAUCAUCCCCGGAACCCCCGUGUCCAGAGGACUAUCCCAGCCCCAAGAGUGACUUUGAGUACACCCUGGGCUCCCCUAGAGCCAUCCACAUCAAAUCGGGCGAGUCGCCCAUGGCCUACCUCAACAAGGGCCAGUUCUACCCUGUCACCCUGCGGACCCCAGCAGGCGGCAAAGGCCUUGCCUUGUCCUCCAGCAAAGUCAAGAGUGUGGUGAUGGUGGUCUUCGACAACGAGAAGGGCCCGGUGGAGCAGCUGCGCUUCUGGAAGCACUGGCAUUCCCGGCAACCCACCGCCAAGCAGCGGGUCAUCGAUGUGGCUGACUGCAAAGAAAACUUCAACACUGUGCAACACAUUGAGGAGGUGGCCUAUAAUGCACUGUCCUUUGUGUGGAAUGUCAACGAGGAGGCCAAGGUGUUUAUCGGCAUCAACUGCCUCAGCACAGACUUCUCCUCGCAGAAGGGGGUGAAGGGUGUCCCCCUGAACCUGCAGAUCGACACCUACGACUGUGGCUCAGGCACUGAGCGCCUGGUACACCGAGCUGUCUGCCAGAUCAAGAUCUUUUGUGACAAGGGAGCGGAAAGGAAGAUGCGGGAUGACGAGCGGAAGCAGUUCCGGAGGAAGGUCAAGUGCCCCGACUCCAGCAACAGUGGCGUCAAGGGCUCCCUGCUGUCCGGCUUCAGGGGCAAUGAGACCACCUACCUGCGGCCUGAGGCAGACCUGGAAACCCCGCCGGUGCUGUUCAUCCCCAACGUGCACUUCUCUGGCCUGCAGCGCCCUGGAGGGGCAGUGCCCUCAGCAGGACACGGCACCUCCAACAGGCUGCCUCUGAAGCGUACCUGCUCACCCUUCACCGAGGAGUUUGAGCCUCUGCCCUCCAAACAGGCCAAGGAAGAUGACCUACAGAGAGUGCUGUUGUACGUGCGGAGAGAGACCGAGGAGGUGUUUGACGCCCUCAUGUUGAAGACCCCGGACCUGAAGGGUCUGAGGAGUGCGAUCUCUGAGAAGUAUGGGUUCCCUGAGGAGAACAUUUACAAAGUCUACAAGAAAUGCAAGCGGGGAAUCUUGGUCAACAUGGACAACAACAUCAUUCAGCAUUACAGCAACCAUGUCGCCUUCCUGCUGGACGUGGGGGAGCUUGACGGCAAGAUCCAGAUCAUCCUUCAGGAGCUGUGAGCCCUGAGCCUCCACAGCCGCACACCUCUUGAAGUGGACUCCAGGCGAGGGGCCAGCUGGGAAGUGGCCCCGUGCCACACACAACCUCUCCGCAUGCCUCAGUGCUGUUACUUGAAUGCCUUCCCUGGGGAAGAGGCCCUCAAGUCACAGACCCACAGACGUCAAGGCCAGGAAGGGACCUGGGAGGUGUCCUGAUCCGAACCUUCAUCUCGUGCUUGAAUCUAUUCUCCGAACUUCCGGCCAGAGCCUGCCCAGCCAGAGACAGUGUCAUGUUGCUUAACAAGCCCAGCAGGCUCGUUCCUCCUCGGAAGCCCUUCUCGACAGCCCCUCUCCCGCAGGCUGCCGUUCGGAUGGGGCAAGUGGACCCUGUCUCCUCCACAAGCUGACUUGACUCUUCCCGUUCUUGACUCUUCCGUCAACUUCAGACCAAUGAGUCCUCACCCUUUGGUCAGCUAGUUAACUUGAAAACACUUGAUUCUCAGUGCAAAUGACUUUUAAAAGACACUGUAGUGGAUAUACUCUCCUCAUAGACAUACUUCCUCAACACUAGACAGCAGCAGAGCCGACCAACUGGAACAAAGUGGCCUCGGUGUAAAACGACCGCCAUGCCUGCUCACUACUGUAUACAUUUCUUAUUUACAGUUUUCAUUUAUGUUUUAUAUAUAUAUAAGUAUAUAUUGUAUAUAUAUGCAACAUUUUAUA